AUGGCGCUCAACGACGCAUCCGCAAAUUCUGUCACGGACAACCCGGCUGGCCAGGUACCAAACGAUGGAACCGGAAUCACCCAGCUCGACUCCUAUCUCGACCCCUUCAAGCCCGCCCUCCGCAGCCGCUACGCAAAAACCCAGCAAUGGCUGAAGACGAUACAGGACACAGAAGGUGGUCUGGAACAAUUCACGAGGGGGUACGAGAAGUACGGCUUCAACGUCAAGGACAAUGGCGACGUUGUGUACCGCGAAUGGGCUCCUAAUGCCUUGCGCGCCUACCUCAUUGGCGACUUCAACAAUUGGGACCGCGAUGCGACUCCCAUGACGAAGAACGAGUUUGGUGUGUUUGAGGUUACGAUACCCGGCAACAAUGGCCAGCCAGCGAUACCCCAUGAUUCAAAGCUGAAGAUUUCUUUCGUUGUACCUAAUGACCACGCACGCCAGGAGCGUAUCCCAGCGUGGAUCAAGCGCGUCACGCAAGACCUCAACGUCUCGCCCGUCUACGAUGCACGCUUCUGGAACCCGCCAAAGGAGGAGCGAUAUGUCUUCAAGAACCAGCGUCCACCGAAGCCCGCCAGCGCCCGCAUAUACGAAGCACAUGUCGGCAUCUCCUCACCGGAACCAAAAGUCGCUACAUACAAGGAGUUCACGCAGAACAUCCUCCCCAGAAUCAAGAACCUGGGAUACAACGUCAUCCAGCUCAUGGCUAUCAUGGAGCACGCAUAUUAUGCAAGCUUUGGCUACCAGAUCAACAGCUUCUUUGCGGCCAGCAGUCGCUACGGAGCCCCAGACGACCUGAAAGAACUUAUUGACACCGCUCACGGCAUGGGCAUCACCGUCCUGCUCGACGUUGUGCACAGCCACGCCUCCAAGAAUGUUUUGGAUGGUUUGAACAUGUUCGAUGGCAGCGACCAUCUCUACUUCCACGAAGGAGCAAAGGGUAGGCACCAGCUCUGGGAUAGUCGUCUGUUCAACUAUGGAAGCCAUGAAGUAUUACGCUUCUUGCUCAGCAAUCUUCGCUUCUGGAUGGAAGAAUACCAGUUCGAUGGAUUCCGGUUCGAUGGAGUUACCAGCAUGCUGUACACACAUCACGGAAUCGGAACUGGCUUCUCCGGUGGUUACCAUGAAUACUUUGGCGAUGGCGUUGACGAGGAAGGCGUAGUCUACCUCAUGAUAGCUAACGAGAUGCUACACCAGCUAUACCCAGAUGUUAUCACCAUCGCAGAAGACGUUUCCGGGAUGCCAGGUCUUUGCGUGGCGCUGUCGCUUGGCGGAAUAGGAUUCGACUACCGACUCGCUAUGGCAGUUCCCGACUUGUACAUCAAGUGGUUGAAGGAGAAACAGGACAUCGACUGGGACAUGGGCAACCUGGUUUUCACACUCACCAACCGUCGCCACGGCGAGAAGACAAUUGCCUACGCCGAGAGCCACGAUCAAGCAUUGGUCGGCGACAAAACCCUCCUCUUCUGGCUCUGCGACGCAGAAAUGUACACCAACAUGUCCAUCAUGUCCGAAGAAACGCCCGUCAUCAAUCGCGGCCUCUCGCUCCAUAAAAUGAUCCGCCUCAUCACGCACGGCCUCGGUGGUGAAGGCUACCUCAACUUCGAAGGCAACGAAUUCGGCCACCCGGAGUGGCUCGACUUUCCGCGCGAAGGCAACGGCAACUCCUUCCACUAUGCGCGCCGCCAGUUCAACCUCGUCGACGACCAGCUCCUACGUUACCGCUUCCUCUACGACUUCGACUCCAAGAUGCAGUGGACCGAGGAGAAGUACGGCUGGCUGCAUUCGCCGCAGGCGUACAUCAGCCUCAAGCACGAGGGCGACAAGGUCAUUGUGUUCGAGCGCGCGGGCCUCCUAUGGAUCUUCAACUUCCACCCACAGAGCAGCUUUACGGACUACCGCGUUGGCGUCGAGCAGGAGGGCACGUACAGGAUUGUGCUGAGCACAGAUAGCAAGGAGUUCGGAGGGCAUGCGGAUAUCGAUGAGAGCACGCGCUUCUUCACGACGCCGUUUGCGUGGAACGGAAGGAAGAACUUUUUGCAGGUGUAUAUUCCUGCGCGGACGGCUGUCGUGCUCGCCCUCGAGAGCACUUUGUAA